AUGAACAAACCCAUUGCUGCCCAAAAUUUGCUAAUCUUCACUAUUCUCCUAAUGAUCAUGUUAUUGCACCCAAAGUCGACCGACUGCCUUUGGAUGCCACGUCACCCACAAAUCCCAUCCGUUUACCCGCCCAAUCCGCUUCAGGAUCCCUCUACUCCACUCUGUAACAAUCAGUUUACCUUGGCAAACCGUGCGUGUGCACUUGUACCUUACAGGUCCGUGGGGCCACCGUCACCACCGGUCCACCACCACCACACUGCCCACCGCCGCCACAAGAGGCAUGACAACGGCAUGGUGACUCCGGUGGAGGAGGAAUGUUGCCGGUGGCUAAAAGAAGUGGAUAAUGUAUGCGCGUGUAAUGUUCUAACGCAUUUGCCUAUAUUUCUCUCGAAACUCACACACAAUUACACUAUCGUGGUCAAUUACGAGUGCGAAGUUACGUUCGAAUGUGGCUCGAGGUCGGCCUAG